AUGACUGCUUGUGCUGCUGAGAACCCCGGAAAUGUGAAGAGGGUCCAUGAAGAAAAGCAAACAAAAAUGAAGAAAAAGAAAGGCAUCCAUGCAUUCUUCAAGAGAACGUGGCAGGCUGUAAAUAGCGCCAUCUUCGGUGGCAACAAAGUUUCACCUGAUCCCCGGCCUGGUCCAUCUGCUGUUGAGCCAACAGAUCCAGCAGAUCCACAGCCAGAUCCAUCAGGCCUGGGGCCAAUGGCUCUCCAGGAUCCAGCAGAUCCACUGCCGGGUCCAUCCGGCCUCAGUUCCGAGUUAAUGCAUGUUCCAGGUCCAUCCAGUCUCAGGCCGACUCCUGGCGCAACACAUCCCGAUGAACCGGUUUCAUUUUCCUCCCUAUAUGAAAUGGGACAGAGACUGGGAAUAGGAGGUUUCGGCACUGUGUUUAAGGGGACUCGCAAAUCUGAUGGCCAGCAGGUUGCCAUCAAGAUCAUUCCUAAGUAUAAGGAGGAUGAUUAUAUCAUUAUUCCUGGCUAUUCCACGCCAUUGAUCAUGGAAGUGGCUCUAAAUCUGCUGGUGAAAAAAUCUCAGACAAACCCUAAGAUUGUCCAGAUGCUGGACUGGUUUGAAGAGGCACAUCAUCACAUCCUCAUCUUGGAGUAUCCGCAGCCCUGCAUGACCCUGAAAAGUUUCCUCAAACUCAACAGGCGUCACUUAGAUGAAAAUCAAGCACGUCGCUUUAUGCUCCAGGCAGUUCUCGCAGCCAAACACUGUAUGGACCGAGGUGUCGCCCAUAAUGACAUCAGGGUGGACAACAUCCUGAUCAAUACAGACACGCUGCAGCUCAAACUGAUAGACUUUGGCUGUGGAGAACUUAUUGAAGGUUGUGAUGAUGCAGACAACCAAUACAGAGGACAUGUGGUGCCGGAGCUUUAUGUGCAGCACAAAUACGCACUCAGUGAGACAGUGUUGUCUCUGGGAAACCUACUGUACAGAAUGGUGGAAGGCCAGUCUGCUCUAGAAAACAAUCCAAGGUUUGAUUCCAACCGCUGUUCAAAAG